UCCUUUUUAGACAAGCGUCAGCUUUGCGGCUCUCUUCUUGAGUUUUGACCACUCCAUUCAUGAACUGACAGCCCUUCUUUUCAAGUGGACAUCGUCACUAUUGCGAGAGCACCUCGGGGACUCGAUUCGUACGAAGACAAAUAGAUCAAAAAUGCCUGGACCAGCUGUGAGUGCAACCAAUGUUGGAGCUUCAAGCCGUUCCCCCAGCAAGACUGUGGCUCCCCGUGCAGCGGGCUCCACUGUCAGACAGAGGAAAGCGACGAGCAGUGGUACCCGCAGUGGCGGCAGGGCCACUGGAUCGGCUGGCACUGGUGGAAUGUGGCGCUUUUACACUGAAGACUCGCCGGGUCUCAAAGUUGGGCCAGUACCUGUGCUGGUGAUGAGUCUGCUCUUCAUUGCCUCCGUCUUCAUGCUUCACAUCUGGGGUAAAUACACCCGCUCUUAAGCAACAGCCUGACGACGUCUGACCUCCCGCGCCUCGCCGCCAUCUUAACACAUCGGAGCAGGACCAAACCCCAGAUGUCCCCUACCCGUCCCUCACACUUUUCCACCCAACUGUACAAAGCAUAUAAACUGGAUUUUUAUGCAGGACAUUUUGAACAAUUGUGUUUCUGUCAUCGCUGCGCAAACACUGUGCAGCAGUGCUCAAGAACAAUUCAAUUGAUUUCAGGCAACCCCAGAAAUGCCUUUUAAUACAUUCAUGGACAGCAUUUUUCCCUUUGUUGAAACUGUAGAUAAUGAAGACAAGCAAUGGAUUCCGUAAAAGAAAAAUAAAGUUCAAUGAACUAUAUGAAUUAAGUUCAAAAGGGAUGGUAAGAAGUCAUGGAAACUUCAAAUCCUACCUAUAAUAUUAAACAUAUUGUUCACUAGCAAGACUCACUUUUGUUAAUUUAUGUUGGAAGUUUAUCAUCAAAAAACAUGAAAUAAAUGACGAAAGUGUCAACUGUUCAGAACACAACUACGUUAGUACGUUUUACGUAAUACAAUUUGUACAAAAUGUGACUUUUAUUGUACAAUUAAAAAAAAAAAAAAGUGAAUUGUCUUUCUGAUUCAAUCUGUUGGGUUUCAGAAGCUCCAGUCUUUCACUAAAUUGAAAUAAUUCUUUUGACUCAAAGCUAAGGGACAAUUUAGGGAAAAACUAAUGAAAGUUGAUGAAUCCCUUCUAUCAACUCAAUAGUUGUCAUUGACAAUGAUGAGAGGUUCAAUAAAAUUUAACUGCAAGGGCUGGGCAGCGAUCACCGUAACCUCCCAGAUGAAAUGGAUUGAACGUAUAUCGCCGUCAAUGGCGGUAAAUUAAUAGAUUAUAAAACAGACUGCCUUGAUAGUCAUGAGCCUGUUUCAAAAUUUUUGUAAUUCCUAAAUGCACAAGUUAAUAAAUAUACUUUUCCGGCCUGCGGGUGGCGCUGCAGACUACUCUCUGACCUUCACUUGUUAAUACUGUACACAUAAGCGCAGCCGUGGACACUUUUGAUUUUGACUGAUCUGCUAAUAAACCGUUUUAUGAA